CAGAAAAGGCAAUCCCUGGCUUCCUGGAAAGGACAAGAGGAGGAGGAGGACUUUUGCUUUAGGGGGACUGAGUCUGGAACACCCAGGCCCCUGCUGGCAAGAGGCUGCUAUUUCUGGGAUAGGACCAGGCAAAAAUAGGAAGCUUCUCUGUCCAGGGCUUAGAAGCCAAGCGAAAUGGCAGCCCUGGAAGAGGAAGGGGUCUGUGGCAAUUAGGGCCCAGGAAUGUCACAGGAUGAGCAAUACAUCUUCAUCUGCCUCUGACUCACCUGGUGCCCCAGGUAAAAGGCACCAGAUAAAAGGUAGAGGAGAAGGAGGAGGAGAGAGAGAAGUACCCAGGCUGAGCAGCAUGAAGGGGCCCUCAUCCACAAGCAGCCUCCUGCUGCUGCUGCUGUUGCUGCUGAGCCCAGACCCUGGAGCAGCACUGCCACUGCCAACCAGCAUUACCUGCUGUACUCAGCUCUACCGCCAGCCACUCUCGAACAAGCUACUGAGGAGGGUCAUCCGGGUGGAAUUACAGGAAGCUGAUGGGGACUGUCACCUCCAGGCCUUCGUGCUUUACCUGUCUCGACGCAGUGUCUGCAUCCACCCUCAGAACCGCAGCCUGGCUCGGUGGUUCGAGCGCCAAGGGAGGAGGCUCCAGGGCACUCUGCCUAACCUAAAUUUGGGGCUGAUAGGGAAAAUGGGCCAGGGCCCCCAAGAGCUGGAACAAUAAAGCAGCACUGGACAACAGUC